CGGCCGCAGGAAGCACCGACGCUCCUUCCACAAAGGCCAAAUGGUGGCAGGAGCCCGCGGGAGGGCGGCAGGAAAGGGCUUUCCCCUGGAUCCCCGGCGUGUCCAUUCCGGCACCCCCGAGCGCUGCCGCUCGGUAGUUGCGACUUGUGUGUCUGCUGCAGUUACGUUUUUUAAUAGCAGGUUUUUGUUUGGCUCAGUAAAACGUGUGUCAGUCCGGGCUGCGAGCAGGUGGAUAGGUCUGGGGGGGAAUAAGCUCGGUCUCCUUUAUGCGUUUUGUAGAUUAAUCUCGCUAAUAGAUGCAGUUAAUAAUUUCUGCCCUAGUUAGGCCUGGAAUUUUUCAAACUAUGUUGGAACAGCUCGUUUCCAAAAACAUAGGUAGUCUUCUGCUUUAUUUUUGAUGUGGCUAAAAUUCUGUAGUUCAGGCAUCUAACUGCAAUGUGGAAAAUACCAUUAACAUUGAAAUGAACGGUAUAAUCUCAAAAUUCUAAAGUGACCCCUAAACAGGUACUAGGAAGGGAAGACAGGGGAAAAAAUUCAUUUACUAGAGAUAUAAUUCAUACUGAUUUACAGCUAUUGUGUGUCUUCUAUAGUUGUUUUUUUUUUGCCUAACAAAUUGGAAAAACUAAACCUAAUAACCUUUUCUCUGUACUUCUUCCUGACACUCAUCCCAGUCUGAAAUCAUACAGGGAAGAAGUCAUAACCUCAACAGUUACUGUUGCAGGAGUCCUUUAAGUAUAUAAUAAAGGAAUUAAAUUUGAUAACUUCUUGACUUCAGCUCCUUCUAGCAAAAGAUUGGACUUCUCAAAUCCAACAAACAGUACUGCUUCAGGCUUUUUUUUUUUUUUAGCUAAGGUGCUAAGGUCUAAAACUUUCCAACAUUUUAAUUUGCUUAUUAGCUUUUUUAGGAUUCUUUAAUGCUAAAUACUUCACAUUCUAAAACAUGUUCUUUUAUAUUCAGUAUGUAGAAAAUGCAGUGACUGCACACCUCUCCCUGUGACCUAACAAGUGCACUUUAAUGAACCUCAAUAGUGACCUUCUGAUGUCCUGCUGUUUCAGAGCAAAUAGUUCCGAGGUUCUGUAAGCGGAGGAGCCCUUUGGUAGCAUCAGGCUAUGAGUUGCUAUGUAAGAUGAACUGUAGGCGUUUACUUGCCCAUCUGUCUCAAUUCACAUCAUCCUACCUCGGUGGAUGGCUUGGCCUCUUUGGUAGUUCAAGACUCUUGGAUGACCACGCUUUAUGCAAAAUCCGGAAUCUUCCUGCCUGGACUCCUUUCCGUUUUCUGAGGGUAACUACUUGUUCAUGUUGGGGAGAGGUCUAAAGCGCAAACUGAGUGACUAUGAGGAGAACAUGGCUGGUCUCUCGAGUGCCUUUGAUUCCAGUCGAAGUCUGCCCUAUCCACUUAAGAGGCAGUUGGUGCUCAACAUGUGCCUCACCAAGUUACAGACGUACAAAAUGCUGGUGGAACCGAACUUGCACCGCUCUGUCCUCAUCGCCAACACCGUGCGGCAAAUUCAAGAGGAAAUGAGACAAGAGAGUAACCAGCAGCCAGUUAACAUCUGCCCUGGCAUUGCUCCUAGUUCUCACAGCUACCCAGGGAUGGAGUCAUCUGGGAUUUCUCUUCAGUUGCCUUCAGGUAUUAGUCAGCAAGAGUCCAACUGUUGCGACUUGCGGUCUGUCGAAGACCCGAUUGAAAACAGCCUGCUGAUAGUUUCAGAUGAUGACAUGUCGUCUGCCAUUUCAUCUAUUCUGAAGGAUUUAGACUUUGUAGAAGAUAUAAGCCCUCCUACUUGUCUGGUUCCUACUGGAGAUGACCAGCCAAAGUUUCCAGAGAAUACUGGUCUGAAACUAGAAGAUGAUAGGCAGGAUUUGAAGGGAGCUGAAUGUGUAUUUGGUUCCUUUGAGAUUUCAAAUUCAACUAGUUACUUGAAGGAUUUGGCAAUAGAUGACAUUUUCGAAGAUAUUGACACUUCAAUGUAUGAUUCAGACUUCUGUUGCCCUCCACUAAUGCCGCCCAGAUCACCAUCUCUUGCUACAGAAGAACCAUUGAAAACCUUUCCAUCUUGUAAUUCUUCUUCAGCAAGCAACAUUCAGAUAUGUAGAACAGAUCUCAGUGAGCUGGACCACAUCAUGGAAAUUCUGGUUGGAUCCUGAUACUUGUUUUACCCAAAGAUACUUUUUAACUGCCACUUUCAUUUGGUUUCAGGAUAAAAGCCACUGGAAAAGUUGUAAAGAGUUCUUUAAGACAAAAACUAAAUAACAAUUUGUCUGUACUAGAAUUUUCUAAAUAAUUCCAAAACUUAAAAACCAAAAAAGUGGCAGAUUUUUUUAAAAAAAGAAAUAUUUAUUUAUCAGAACUGUGCAAUCAUCAUUUUCCUUCCAGGGUGUAUGUGGAACAAUAGGCACAUACCCUCAUCACCCCUCAUGCCUCUUUCAAUAAACUUUUUUAUGUGCAAUUUUUAAUUUGACAGAAGAAUUUACAUGCAAAGCAAAUUUCAUAUGAGAUGAUCUUUUACAAAGCCUCCACUUUAUUUUUAAUAUCAGAGUCUAUGCCAAGUUGGCAUCCGUCAAGUUGCAGAGUUAGAUCGUGUGGAUUGCAGACACAUUACUAGAGAUGGGUAUAUUUUAAAAAUGAGACACGCUUUGCUUUCUUUUGGUCAGAAAAGCAGAUCAAGAUACUUACCAGCAAAGUCUCUUGCAUUUUCUAAAGCAUUCAGAACUAUUUAUUUUUGUAAAUUUUAUAGUCUUUCUACAUUUUACUACGUUAUUUCAUCAUAGUUCAAAUAUAAUGGACUUAUAGUUGGAUGUGUUUAGCACUACCUCUGAGCUGAAAUGCUUUAACUCUUUCCAGUGCUUCAUCUAAGACUGCAGAUCUUUUUGUUUCCUUUUUUUUUUUCCUGGGGGAAAGUACUUCUAACUCAUUAAGCUGAUCCUUUGACAGUGACCUAGCUGAUUUGUGAAAUCAAGGGUAUUCAAUGUUUAAAAACUUUUAAGUAUUUACAAGUGUAAUUUAUAUGUAGAUUGUGAAAUUUAACAUUUUUCUGUCAGUAUUAUGUGCUUAGAUUUUGAAUAAUCUUGGCGUUCUUUAAAUUAAAACUUACUAUGUACAGGUAGCUUUUUAUUCUGUUUUGGAAAACACUGUCCUCCAACCCUGCUUUCACUACAAUGUUUUAAGAUGAUUUUUAUGUGCAAUAUUAUUUAAAAAGAUACACAUUUGUAUACCUGGCAUUGCGGGAAGGAACGCUUCAAACUUAAAAACCUCUAGCACCUUUGGAGGAUACUCAGAGAGUCAACCAUUUCUGUGUCCUUUAAGAAACAAAGCUGAGAACACUUGUUGCGACACUGCUCUGAGUGCUCCUGGAACACCCGUGGGUGAGUCAGUGCCGAUGACUCAGUCCUGCCGUGCAGCUGUGUCCGGGAGAGCUCCGGGUCUGACCACCGCAGGGAUGCGGCGCCGGGGCCACCUGGGCCUUGGAACCAUCCGUGCUGCUGCCCCAGACUGUGCUGGGGAAAGAGGGGCACGUGUGGCAGGUGUGUGAAUAAGGAUAUAUAAACACACUCAUUAGCUGAAGACGAGAUUUGCAGUGAGAACUGUUUUUCCAUGAGACAGUUUGGAUACUGUGUCUCAGCCUGAACUGAGGUCUAUGUCCAUCCCUGCUACCGUCUUCUGAAUUACACACUUGCACAUUACUUUUUGGUUUGGUUUUUUUUUUUCUCCUUGGUUUUUUUAAGUGAUAAAACUUUUACUUUCUUCUUGAAAGCUGCAGCACCUGUCUUGAAAAUUUGCAGUUGUAAAAGCUUUGCUUUGAUUUGUUUGUAUUUUUGGGGUUUUUGUUGUUCUGCUGAGACUUUUCACGAACUGAGCAUCGGCAGAGGAAAAAAAUGUUGCCUCUAUGUUGCAUCUCACAGAAGUUGAAAUCCUGGCCCUACUGAAGGGGCCAGGGUGUCACCUGGUAUUUCUAGUCUUAACUGAUGCUGUGGCACACCUACCUUGUGCAAAGAUCUCCCUUUUUUACUGUGACUCUCUUGGUUAACAGUUAGCUGCCGAUAUAAUUUGGUAUCCCAAGCCAGUGGAGAACCAUUUCAGGUCACAUCCUUUGCAGCCAUCUGGGUUGUUUAGCAACCGAAGGGUAUAAAUGUAUUUAUAUGCAUAUAUUGUAUUGAUUCUAAUAUAAAACUUCUGAUCUAAAGUAUUUUGAAUUGCUGGAUAAAGGGAUUUGUUUGAAGAGUGUAUAAAUAGUUCUUGAAGAGGUACAGCUUCAGAAUGUACACAGAUUGUGCAUUGUGUAUAGACUACUCUGGCUUUUCCUCAGCCUCUUACUUUUGUAUUAAAAAUAUGACUGAAUAAAUCCUUGAAAUAUUAAGGGCCUUCUGCACUGUGAUGAAACAGAGUUGUGGUUAAAAAAGUCUUUAAAUUCAGUGAUGAGGGAUAAAAUAAAAAGACUGCAUCUAAUUUCUUUUUGCAUUUAAAAAUAUGGAGUGUUACUAUGCAGUAAAGAUAUUUUGGUAUGAAAAUCGUAUCAUGUAGCAAAUAGUGAACACUUAAUAAAUCCACUUACCUUGCAGCACCUACUGAAACAGAACAGAAGAAAACUCACUUUUCAACAUUUACAUACUAAAGGUUUUUGUAUACUGCAGAGAAAGAUUAAACUGUUGGUAAAUGUUUUAUCAACAAUUCAAAAUGCAAUUUUUGUUCAAGUCCUUGCUACAAAGCUCUGUUUCUAAUUGGUUGCUUGUGUCACAGUGCCAAGACCAUGAGCUGGUGUGUAAUGCAGUUCGGUUAUGUAUGGAAUUAUGUGCAAAGGGAAGUUUAAUUUUUAAAUAUGCACAAACUAAUUUUAAAAUCCUUCCAUGUAAAAUGAAGUUAGAGGCUAGUUGUGGUGGACCUAUUUAUUGUAUGUUUGGAAAUAAAAGCCACAGUUUUGCAGUUUAACCGUUUAUAUUUUGAAGACUUGGUAUUUGACUGUUUUAAAAACAAAACAAGUGUUGCACCUUG